AUGGGUCAAUUUCAUAGUAACAGUAGUAAUAAUGGCCAUAAAAAUAAACCAAAUAAUAAUAUGUUUGGUAGAAAUUAUUCAAUUAAUAAUAGUAUUAAUAAUUCAGAUAGAAUUGCAUUAGGAUUAGAAAGAAAGAAUUUUACAUAUAUCGAGAGUUUUUCAUUACAGAGUACUUUCGAGACUUUAUGUAAAAUUGAUGAGAAUGGAGUUGGAUACAUUAAUGAAGAAUCUUUUAUGAGUUAUAUAGGAUUUCCUGAAUCAAUUGGAAUUGGUCCAAUUAUUUAUCGUUCAUUUACUUAUCUGGCUAGUUAUCCUACUUGCAUACAUGAUAAUAGAAGAUUACUUAAUUAUAACGGACUUUUGAUAGCUAUUUCCGUUUAUUGUAACAAAAUUAAAGAAGUAAUUAAUGAAGAUCGAAUAAAACUUCUUUUUGACUCCUUUACUACCUCUACUCAUCAAGUAAAAGAAAAAGAACCUCCAAACGCGUCAUCUUCUUUAAAAUUCGAUCCGGACAAUGAUGAAGAUUUCUUAAAACUUAUGACUCAAGCUGAAAAUGAAUCAAAAAAAAAUGUUUCCAAAGUUACGUGUCAAGAUAUGUUAUCAAUACUUACCGGACUUAUUUGGUUAAUGACUAGUGAAAUGAUAAUUUUUUCAAAUUUGAAACCUGAACGAUUAACUUUAAUCAUGAAAGAAUUGACAUCACCCAAACAUAUUAAUAAAGUUUAUAAAAUUGCUAGUAAAAUAGUUGAAUCAAUGGCACGUUGUGAUUCGAAUUCAAGAAAGCUUAAUUCAGAAGAAAUAUUAAAAGAAUCAAUUAGUUGGCCAAUAUUUAAAGAAUUUGUAAAACGAAAUACACCAAAUAUAUUUCGAGGAUUUUCAACAUUUUUCUAUACACAAUUUUGUAUUGGACAAACACUUUCGGCGCAACGUAGUGAUACGUUAUUCCUUGGAACUAAUUUAAGUUAUUUACCAACAUUAGAUAAUCCUUCAGAAUUAUUCAAUCAUAUUAAUAUGACAUUAUUAUUAUGGAUGUUACCAGAAAAGAUAAUUUUAAAUAGUGAAUGGAAUUGUUUGUAUUCAGGAAGCAAACAUGGAUUUAGUAUGAGUCGUUUCUCAACUUAUAUAUCAAAUCAAUGGCAUUCAGCAAAUUCAUCAAAAAAUUGUUUUGGUUCAGAGGAAUGUUUCUUAUUUGAAUUAUAUCCAACAUAUGAAAUAUCUCCGGCUUCCAAGAAAAAUUCCAAUUAUGUUUAUUAUAAUUCAUCAGUGGGAAUUGGAUUUGGUGGAUUAGCAACUUCGGGAUUAACUUCCAGUAAAAUUGUUGGUAUGGAAGAAAAUUCUUUUGUUUUGCAACUUGAUAAUACUUUACAAUUCGGAAAAUAUCGAAUGGAUCCAUAUCGAAAUUUAGCUCCUACUUAUUAUUUAUCAAUGGUUAAAAUUGAAGUUGUAGGAACAGGUGGACAAAUUUCAAAAGAGAAAUUAGAAAGGGAACAACGAUGGGAAGAAAGUGAAGCGGCCAAAAGGAGUAAGAGUCUUAAUCUUAGAAGAAGUUCAUCCAGUAAAGUUGAUAAAGAAAUUCUCAAGCGUGCUGGUAUCAUCGAUAUAGAAAGUCGGUCAAGAUUUGAACGGACAAAAUCUUCCAUCAUUUAA